AUGAAGUUCACACAUCGAGAGAUCGAAGAUGACCGCAGGAAACCUGUCGGCUCCCUUUUCAUGCACCUCAUAGACAGAGACUCGAUGCCGUCGCGCAGUCAUCGCAACGUGGCUGCGGAGAAACUGAAUGCGCAUAGCCUGCCAAACACGGAGCUCUGUCUCUACGCGCAGGAUGCGGCGCAAAUCUCCUCAACACCGCUGCGGGGCCGGCGCCACUUUCCCAAGCAAGACUGCCACGUUGACUGCAAUAGAGCGGAGGAAGUCCGCCCCUCCAGGGGAGUGCGACGUGGCGCCACUCCUAACGGCAACGUCGAUCACAUCGGGAGUGACAUGACCCCACGAGCCUCGACGGAGGUAUCGCUACCGCGGCAGCGGCGCUACGUACCGCCGCCUGCGCGAGGCUCUACUCAACGCCCCUUCUGGUUAGGGGAUGACGAGAUCAUUGCCAGCGCGCGCUGUCGACGCGGCGCUCGCAGUGGGGCCCGCUCGUUUUCUGUAGGCAGCCAAUCGUAUUCGCGCAACAGCAGCACGGCUGACCACUUGACUGUCGGCUCGUUGAUACCCUUACCAGAGAAACCGGUCGAGAAACCCGUACCGCCGCCGCUUCCGAUGAAACCCCGCAGAAAGGGUGUUCGCAUGUUUCCAGAGCAGCGUUCACGCAGCGCUGACAGCGUGCGCCGAGGUAUCCGGAUGGUGCAGCCACAACCGCAUUGGCGCUCGGCCGCAGACCGGCAGUGGGACUUUCUGGAACUCGGCGUUGGCCGCCGCGAGACACCCGCGCCGCUGUACCGCAAUGAAAGUCACAUCGACGUUGGCGGCCCGAUUUUUCUCCGGGAGGAGCCGUCGACGCCGGUACAGCGGUGGCGUGGUGGUCGGCGCUACGAUGGCACCCCGGUCCGCCGUGCGUUUGACAUUAUCACAGGUCGGCCGCUGGUGUGCUGA